CUGCUCCAGGCUCCCCGUGUGAGCUCUGCCUGGGCGCUGUGCUCUUCAUCCUCCCUGCCGGCUGUCCCUGGGCUGCUCCAGGCUCCCGUGUGAGCUCUGCCUGCCCGCUGGGCUGCUCCAGCUCCCCGUGUGAGCUCUGCCUACCCGCCGUGCCCCGCAGCCUCCCCGCCGGCUGGGGAAGCCCGCUGGAGCGGUGCCGAUGGAUGCCAUCCUGAACUGCAAGCCGGAGGACCUGGAGGAUUACUACAACUUGUUGGGAUGCGAUGAGCUAUCGACGGUUGAACAGAUUCUUGCUGAAUAUAAGAUUAAGGCCCUUGAAUGCCAUCCUGACAAGCAUCCUGGAAACCCCAAAGCAGUGGAGGAUUUCCAGCGGCUGCAGCAGGCCAAGGACACGCUGACGGACGCGGAGCGCCGGGCCCGCUACGACCACUGGCGGCGGAGCCGAGUCCCCGUCCCGUUCCGGCACUGGGAGGCGCUGAGCAGCUCCGUCAGGACGUCAAUGCACUGGGCUGUCCAAAGCAAGAAGGACCAAAUGCUGGAAGCUCCUGACUUUGGUGACACCAACAACAGAACCAACGAGAUGUGGGCCCAGCAGAUGGAGAGCAGUGGAGAGGGGUUGUUGGAAGGGAGCAGGGAACAAGAAGAUGUUGCAAUCCCUGAUGAGCAACCACAGUCUUCAAAGAAUCCAGACUCCCCAAGAUUUUCAGAGGGGAGUUACUGGCACUUGCGUUUCCGCUGGUCAGGCGAUGCUCCGUCAGACCUUCUGAGGAAAUUCAGAAACUAUGAGAUCUGAAAUGAGAAACACACAGGAGCAUGAGAUCAUCUCUUCACCAUUCCCUUUGUAUUUUUAACAGCAGUUAUAAGUUAUUUGUAUUUUGUGUUCUUUAUUGAAAUGUGUUGUUCUAGCCAAUGUCUAAAUACUGAUUUAUCACACCUGCUGUGAUCAUUACAGAUGGAGACUUUUCUGUUCAAUAACCUUUUCAGUAUUAAUAUAAAUUGAUGUUGUGCAGUUAUCUAACAUCUUGCAUAUCGUUUCUUAUAUUCUCAAAUAUUGUGUAAUGAUUAAUAUUUUGUUCAGUAAUGUGAUGUUAUAAAAAUAUACUCUCAGUAGAACCCUGGGCUCCAGGGUAUCCUACUCAGAGAGGAUCUUCCAAAAGCUUUAUGACAAUGAGCUCUGCUUAACUCUGUGCUCUGCUUCACUUCUCCAUUGCCUUGUACUCACUGCAGUGAUUUAUAAUGUACUCAUUACAAACUUAACUUGUAGGGGAGUUGUGAUCUUAUGUUAUAGAUGAAAUAAGAAGGUUCUUGUUAUCCAAGGUCUGUGUGACAGAUCAAGCACUCCUGAAAAUCACUUGUUUUCUACCUUAACGAGAAUUCUUUUUGCAUCAGCAAUAUGUUUGUUUUGGAAGGCAGUUGCAGAACUUUACUUCUCCAGAUAGCAAUUUUUGUCUUUAGAUGUAUUGGUGGAAGACUGAUCCCCUGUGUAUGUGUGCCAACAUUGUCCUGUGGCUUCAGAGCAAUUCCCCUCCCUGCUCAGCUGUGCUAGACUUGGUUUUACCCGGGUUUUGUACAGUGAGGAAUGAAACAUCAGACUAGUCAGCACUAAUGUGUACAAAAUCUCACAUGAAAGUUUUUGAUACUUUGGGCAACUUGUCAAAUUCUGCAUUGUUGUUUAUUUAUUUUGUGUUUGUUUUCUUCUUUGCAAACUUGGCUAAUAUGUCAGGUAUUGACAUUGUGGUUUUGUGCAGGCAGAUAAUUCCAUCAGCAGCAAAUAAAACUUCAUGCAUACAGAAAA